UAUGUUAAACCGAAAUAAGGGAUCCAUAUCCACAAAACAAACCUUUGUCCUCAGAAAGAAACAAUAAGUUUGCGUUGCGCAUCAAUUUGGUCUUAGGAAAAUAACAUUUCCAACUUUUGCGAUGAACCGCGUCAAGGCAAUAGCCACUUCCCUCAGAUUCCUCGAUUCAUUACUCGCUACUACCCGAGUUAUCUCAAUUCGGAACCAGGUGACUCACUUCUCUUCCUCUCCUUCUUUUUCACUCCCCCUUUUGUGUCGUUCCCACUAUUUAUCCCCUUUUCACAACACUCACCAAAAACUCUACUUUUCUUCAAAACCCCACUCUAUUUUGGAGCUUGUUUACUCCAACGAUUGGUCGCAAGACUUAGAACACGAGUUAGAAAAUUGCCGUUCAUCUUUGACCCAUGAAACUGUUGUUUACGUUUUGAAGCGAUUGGAUAAAAACCCAGAAAAAGCUUUUUCCUUUUUCAAUUGGGUCAGUAAAAAAGAAUGGUUUAUGGCAAGUUCUUCCGUUUAUAGCUUAAUUAUUAGGGUUUUAGCGAAUCAAGAGACUAUGAAACAGUUUUGGAUUACUCUAAGGACAAUGAAGGAAAAAGGGUUUUACCUUGAUGAAGAGACAUAUUUGACAAUUUCAGUAGGGUUUAAAAAGCAAAAGAUGAAUAGUGAUGUUGUGGCUCUUUCACACUUCUAUGAUGGGAUGAUUAAGCAAAAUGCAAUGCAAAGUGUUGUCACUAAUGUGGUUGGUAUUGUUUCUGGGUCUGAGUGGGAUGAUAAGGUUGAGAAUAAACUAUCAGAGCUUAAAAUUAAGCUUUCGGAUAAUUUCGUGAUAAGGGUUUUGAAGGAGCUUCGAAAUUGUCCUUUAAAGGCUUAUAAGUUCUUUCAGUGGGUUGGGAAGCAAUCUAGUUAUCAACUAAAUACUGUGACUUACAAUGCAGUUGCAAGAGUUCUUGCUAAGAUGGACUCGAUUGAGGAGUUUUGGAGUAUUCUCGAGGAGAUGAAGAGUGUCGGUCAUCAAUUGGAUCUCGAUACUUACAUAAAGAUAUCAAGGCAGCUUCAAAAGAAUAGGAUGAUGGAGGAUGCUGUCAAGCUUUAUGAGCUUAUGAUGGAUAGUUUAUAUAAGCCAACGGUUGUCGAUUGUGUUGUCCUUUUAAGGACCAUCUCUGCCAGCGAUAAACCCAAUAUAGAUUUAGUUUUCAGGGUAGCUAAGAAAUUCGAGUCAACAGGGUAUACAAUUUCCAAAGUAGUCUAUGACAGUAUCCACAGGUCUUUGACAAGUGCAGGGAAAUUUGAUGAAGCUGAAAAGAUGGUUCAAACAAUGAAAAAUGCUGGCUAUGAACUCGAUAACAUCACCUACAGCCAAACUAUUUUUGGACUUUGUAAGUUUAGGAGAUUUGAAGAAGCAAAUAAGGUGCUAGAUGAGAUGCAAUCUUGUAAUUGCUAUGCUGAUAAAGAGACUUGGACCAUCUUGAUCAAGGGGUACUGUGAUGCCGGUCAACUAGACAACGCAUUACUUUAUUUCGCUAAGAUGACUGAACAGCAAUGCGAAGCAGAUGCUGAUUUGUUGGAUGUUCUGGUGAAUGGUUUUCUUGCUCAAAAUAGAAUAGACGGGGCAUACAAAGUGCUUCUAGAGUUAACCACCAGUGCAUAUCGUUUAACUCCACGUCAAGCCACAUACAAGAAACUGAUUGACAGGCUAUUAGGAGUCAGAAAAUUCGAGGAGGCACUUGAGCUUCUUCGUAUGAUGAAGGCUCAAAAAUACCCUCCAUACCAUGAACCAUUUGUGCCACAUAUUUCGAAGUUUGGGACUGUGGAGGAUGCUGCAGAAUUCUUGAAGGUAUUGAGCAUAAAAAGUUACCCAUCCUAUACAGUUUACCUUAAGAUUUUUAAAUCAUUAUUUGAAGAAGGUAGACUUUCAGAGGCCAAAGAUCUAUUGUAUAAGUGUCCUCCCCAUAUAAGGAAGCAUAGUCAAAUCUCUGAACUUUUUGGUUCAUCAGAGAGUCAGAAGGCUGAGAGUCAGGUGGUCAAGAUUCCGAUAGCUGCUACUUGAUCCCUAUUUAUUAUUUUUUUCUUAGUAUGUAUCUCAUUAUUAAGUAACUUUUAUCAAAGCCGUUAAGUGGAUUUGUUCUUCAUCACACUAAUAUGAUGUCAGUUAACUUUAUUAUUGAAUUUAUAAUAAGUUUUUAUGUA